AUGGCAGGCGGUCAUGCUAAAGUCACGGUUGACAUUCCCCGCCAGGUCACCAAGUCAAUGGGGUCGCGAGACGGGUACUCGGGUUCCCCAACCUCCUGGCUUCCAACAGAGAUAUAUCAAAUGAUCGUCAAUCAUAUUGUGUUGCACUAUGACCGAUGCAACGACGAUCAAAAAGCAAUCCGAGCCAAGACUUUAUCAUCCCUAGCUCGUACCUCCAGGACCCUCCAACGUCUCACCGAACCAUAUAUCUACACCUUUCCAGAAGGCUCACGACUGCAAAUUUCUCAAGGCCUGGAACGGUUACAGCAAUCACUGGCGGCUGAUUCUCGUCGAGCAAACCUUGUCCAGGUUCUCGACAUUAAGUGGGACACUCCGGUAUCCUCCCGAAGACUGGUUAUAGACAUAGCAAGACGGUGCCCAAAUUUAUGUACCCUCCAUUUGUAUUUUCCUGAGGCAGCUUCUCGGAGUGACGAAUUCGGCCAAACUUAUGUCGAUAACUUGGCUGAUCUGUUCUUCGCCUGUCCGAAAGUCAGAAAACUGCGCCUCGCAACGUAUUGCGAAGAAGCCCUUCCAAUACCGGCACAGGACGGACGGGUUGUUGAGUUUGCUGGACAGCUCUCUCAUGUCGAGGUGGAUGCCGGGGGUACCUGGUUUCACGAGUCCAUGUUGCCUUAUCUGUCACCGAAUGUAAUAUCGUUCGUCAUGAUAAACCCUGGAUCUGGGGAUCAUACAGGCUUCCUCAAAACCCUAGGCCAGCGCUGUCCGGUCUUGCAGAGACUGAAGAUUAUGUGCCGGGGGAUAACUUUAGUAGACCUUGCGGCACUCUGCAAAGCCUUAGGUUCGACACUCAAGGUGCUGUACCUUAGAAAUUUGGAAUACGACAGAAGUGUCCUGAGCUUGUUCCUUCCUCACAUGCAAGUGCUGGAGCAUUUGUACUUGGGAAACGAAGUCCCUCUAUAUACCCAAGACUUGGACUCCAUGUCUAGCCUGUCACAUUUGAGAACAUUUAUCGCUGAUGGUGGAGAGGCUGAGUGGGUGGAUGAACCUGACAAAUUCUUUUAUGGGGAAGAAGCAUUAGAUGUGUAUCGGGCUGUGGCUAGAUUCCUAUCUGCACAUAUGAUGACACUAGAGACGAUGUGGAUAGAUGCAUGCGACUGUGCUUUGAACGAGGAUGUCUUCGAGAGCUUAAAGCUAGUGAGAAACUUGCGUUCCGUGGGCCUAGAUUUGUGCUACCGUCUGAAAAGGGAAGAAGUCGUCGGUCUCUUGGAGGCUUGUCCUAAGCUUCAAGAGGCAUCGGAUAUUCACAAGACUCUUGAAGAGGAGUUUGGAGAUGAGGAGGAGCCGUAUGGGUCUCUCUUGUGGGUUGAAUAUCCUCCUCAAAAACCAUGGUUCGAGAAUGAUUUUCCGCAUAGCAGUAGUGGUUGGUCAGAUGGCUUACGCCAACCUCAGCUUAGGAUAUAA